CGGGACCAGAAGGUCUGGGGUUUUUUAUUUUUUUCUAAGCCUCCUCAUUCUUUGCCCCCCAAGGCACAACCCAGCCAACAUUUUUGGUUUUUCUCCCAAACAUAGCCAAAACCCUAACUAGUAACUAGUAAGUAGUAACUCCCUAGCAACGAGCCAAAGGCAGAUCUGACCAUCGACGGGCAACGGCCAGUCGGCCACCGUGACGGCGUGACACCGUAUCUUCCGUCUUCCCCACUGCGGCGGCGAACCAGCCGGCAGCAAGCCAUCAACCUUUCGGAAUUCCGGCCGUUUGAAAAUUGAAAGAUUUUGGACCUUUUGGUGUUGGAGACUGACUUUGAAGAUCGUAAACAAUUACACAGAAUAAGUGAGAUGCAAACCAUACACCAGAGAGGAUGCCCACUAGAACUAGCCAAGGUUGCAGGGUGCUUAACCCCAAUUCAACACAACAAUUUCUCGCUUCUUUCGACCGUUGUAUAUUCAAACCGGAAACUCUCAAAACCCAAAAAAUGUAAGGCCAAAAAUUGGGAUUGCAGAAUUAUGUUAAUGGAACAAAGGUGUAGGCAGCAGUUGAGAGCCCAAUAUUCUGAUAACCAAUAUGAAGUACUGGAUGAUGAGUUGCAAGAUGAGGGGGAACUUGAUGGACCUCAGAGGAGGUUUAGGGAAAGAGAAGAAGAGAAAGACUAUGAUAAAGACCCGGAAUUUGCUGAAAUUCUCGGUAGCUGUCUCGAUAACCCGGAUAAGGCUCAGUCUAAAAUGGAGGAAAGGUUGAGGAAGAAAAGGAACAAAAUACUGCAAACAAAAACAGGUUCUGGCUCACCCAUGAAAGUUACAUUUAACAAAUUUGAUUACUCAAAUUCAUAUAUUUGGUUCGAAUUUUGGAAUCCUCCAUUGCAGAAAGAUGUUUCUUUGAUUUGUGAUGUAAUUAGGUCAUGGCACAUCAUUGGACGUCUUGGUGGUUGCAAUUCACUGAAUAUGCAGGUGAAUUUUUUUUCCUCCAUUUCAUUGGACGUCUUGGUGUUAACAGAAUCUCCAUUUGACAAAAGACUAAGCUAUGAUGCUAUUCAAGGAGCAAACGUAGAUCCAACCACAUUUUAUAACAUAGGGGAUCUUGAGAUUCAAGACAAUUUGGCACGAAUAUGGGUUGAUAUUGGGACUAAUGAUUCGCUGAUUUUGGAUGUUCUAAUGAAUGCAUUGACACAGAUAAGCUCUGAUUUUGUGGGCAUAAAACAAGUUGUAUUCGGUGGAACUGAAUUCGAGAAUUGGAAGGAGAGCUUAACAGUAGAAGAUCCUGGAUGUAGUGUGCAUAAGAUUUGACAAAGCCGAGUUAGUGCAUUGUAAACAAGACUCACACCACCGCAGCACCUCCCUUCUCUUCUUCUUUUCCACGCUUCUUUGCUCUUCACAAUCCACCAUUUUUUUUUGCAAUAAUGAGCUUAUUAACUCACUCUUUGAAGAUAACAUGGAGCAGCAACCACGGGAGAGAUAUAUAGGGAGAAUUAGAAAGAGAAAAUUGGGAUUAUGUUUAUUUUUCUGAAUGAAUGAUAAUAUGGUUACAAGUAGCUAUUUAUAAGGAGUCUAGGAGAAUACAAGGAAAAUGUUUUAACUAUUUUUCAUGUCCAAGACUCGCCUAUUAUAAUUCAAACUACUUGUUUAACGUAA